AUGUUCAGCGACACCUCUAGCUCAAGUGAUGCAGAAAUCUCGUCAGAGGACUUAAUGAGCGAUGAAGAAAUUAGAAGGGUUGAAAAGCUUAGAGAGGAGAAACAAAACUGGAAAGGGCGUCGAUUGAAAUAUGAAUGCGGCAAUAUAGGUGGCGAUAGAAUAGGAAAAAAGAAAAUAAGUCAAGAGACUAUCACAAAGAUUAUUGACCAAAUCAAACAAUUUCCGACUUAUAUAUCACACUACUCCCGAGGCCAAACAGAGGCAACAUUUUUAUCCUACGACCUUACUGAAGCAAAAAUGGAUGAGAUGUAUUUGGAAGAUGAGAGCAAUCCAAAAGUUAGUUUUACCUUCUACCAAAAAAUAUUUUACACAAAUUUUAAUUUGAGACGUAAACCACCAAUAAAGGACACUUGUAAUAAAUGCGACGCUUCUUCCACAAAGAUAAACAAUGUUUUUAAAGAGCAACUUCAAGCUUUACAUGAAGAACACUUGGCGAACGCAAAAUUGGCAAAAAUUUCUAUGCAAAAUGACAUGAAAGAUGCGAGUACAAAUCCUUUACAGGAAACACUGUGUUAUGAUAUGGAAAAAGUUUUAAGUUUACCUAAACUUCCAACCAAUAUCGUUUAUUAUAAGCGUCAAUUAGGCAUUUACAAUGAAAGUAUCCAUGCAGGCUCUACAAACAAGCCUUAUGCGUUUAUUUGGAAGGAAGGUGUGGCUGGCAGGGGAGCCCAAGAAGUUGGGUCCUGUCUAAAAAAGUUUAUUGAUCUUCAUCUUAAAGAAGGAGUACAAUACCUAAUUCUCUGGUCAAUCAUUAAAAGGAGCAAGAAGCACAAUCCUAUUGAAGUGAUUGAUAUGAAAUCUGAAGAUUUUUUUUCGAUUCAGGAUAUAGAAAAACAUAUUUCAAAUAGAAAAAUAAGUGUUGAUAAAACUACAGUAUCCUGGUUAAAAACAAAGAUAAUAGAAAUACAAAAAGAUAAACCCUUCUCAAUUUUUUUAAAAGAAAGCCAGGCUUCUGAGAGUCGAUAUCAAGAAGUUGACAUUUCCAAAGUUUCUCGCGGAAGAAAAAUCGUAAAAGAUUUCUCUCCAUUGACACCGCUUUACCCAGACGGUAAAGAAAUUUCCAACAAAAAGGCGGAAGAUAUUAACCUGAAAGACGUAAGGAAGAAAUGCCAAAAACCGGACUACAAGUUGCUGCGAUCCACCAAUAUAGUACCAUAUAUUAUACGAUGGCUUUCCUACAACGAUUUUGAAAUAGCUUUGUUUACAACCAACUUAUUAUUGGAAUUGACAAACUAUGCAAUACACGAAGUAUCUGAGGAAUCCAUUAAAGAAGUAUUGGAGCAUUCGUUAAUUGAGUUUCUGGUGAAUAUUUUAAAGAACAUGGAUGAAGACUUGCUACGUGAGAGCGAUAUUUUUAUGAAUAUUCUUUUUAUAAUUAAAUGCUGCACGGGAAAGCACGAGCUGGACGUUUUGGAAGAAGCAAGGGACAAGGACAAUUUGUACACCGAUGAACCUCCGCCAUCUUCUUGA